GCGGAACUAUACGUCCGGUCACGAAAAGAGAAAAGACACACUAUGUGAUUGAAAGGCAGGAACAGCAGUUAGAUGAACCUAACAGUAAAUAACAGCAGGCUAACGUUAGGUGCUAGCUUACGUUGCACCUGUCUGUCUGCACAAUGCGUCUGUUUGUCUCUUACCUGCCACUUCCAGGUCUGUUCUGUGACUUUGUGUCUCACAAACCUGAAAUACAACUAGUCAUUACUUUUAACAAACACCGACGGUUUUGAUCAAACUGCAGCCCCGAAAAGAAAUCAGCGUCUCAGCGUGAACACGCGUCCAUAUGCGCGUGCAGCAGAAGAAACUGAUUUUAAGUUCGAGCCCUCGUUACAUUCUGUUCAUCCACCUGGUGAUAAAUGACAUGUCACAGCUGGCCCUGUCCACUCUUCUCCACGUCAUCAGCUACACCCUGUAUUCUAUCAGCGUACCUUUCUGCCUCAUCCUGCUGAUCAUCACCGUCCUCACCACCCUCAACACCCCACUAAACCUGGCUGGAAUGGCAGUCGAGUGCUACAUCGCCAUCUGCAUCCCCCUCCGUCACAGCCUGAUCUGCACUGUCAAAAAAACCUACAUCCUGAUUGGUUUGAUCUGGGCUGUCAGUGCACUCUCUAUCCUACCAGACCUCUUCAUCCUCCUGGCCACAGAGUCUCUGCACUUCUUUCACUCCAGAGUGUUUUGUGCGAGAGAUUACAUAUUCAGAAGCGCCUACAGUCAGAAGAAGAGGGAAGCGUCACACAUUGUUUGUCUUGUCUUGGUUUGGCUCAUACUCUUUUACACUUACUUUAGGAUUCUGUUUGCAGCCAAGGGAGCAACUGCAGACUUUAAAAAAGCCAGAAACACUAUUGUCCUCCAUGGUUUUCAGUUGCUGUUGUGCAUGCUUACUUAUGUGAGACCCAUGUUUGAACAAGGUCUACUCUACUUAUUGCCCAAACAACACUUGUCCAUACACUUUGCCUGUUACGUCAUUGUCCAGAUCCUGCCUAGGUUCGUCAGCCCCAUCGUUUACGGACUGCGAGACCAGUACUUCAGGAGAUAUGUGAGAAGGUACCUGCUUUGUAAAGUGAGCACAAGCAGCCACCCAGAAAAUGUCACCAAGCCGAACAUCACGUCUUCUAUGAGACAGCAGUGAUAGUUGCUCAGUGUCCAAACAUUUGCAGAGCAAACUGCAAAACUCUGCAAAAACAAUGUAACAUCAUAAUUUGUGUUUUAAAUUAUUGUGGUUUUGUCUUUAUUUUUUGUUUAUGUAGCAGCAGCAACAAUAGCAUUUAACAUAUAAAACCACUAUGACUGAUACAAAUACAUUCCAAUAAAAACUACAGCUCAAAAAUUUUCAGGUUUCAUCU